AUGGGUGCUUCUGUUUCGGUUCCCGAGAGAUCCGUCCAUCAAUUCACCGUCAAGGAUAGCUCCGGCAAGGACGUGAAUUUGAGCAUAUUCCAAGGGAAAGUCCUCCUCCUCGUCAAUGUUGCUUCCAAAUGCGGUUUCACCGAAUCCAAUUAUACCCAGCUCACCGAACUUUACCGGAAAUACAAGGACCAAGGGUUUGAGAUCUUGGCGUUCCCUUGCAACCAAUUUCUUUACCAAGAGCCUGGCACGAGUCAAGAGGCUCAUGAGUUUGCUUGUACGCGGUUUCAGGCCGAAUAUCCUGUUUUCCAAAAGAUACGUGUAAACGGUCAAAACGCAGCACCACUCUACAAGUUCCUUAAGGCAAGCAAACCCACUUUUCUAGGUUCCAGAAUUAAGUGGAACUUCACCAAAUUCUUGGUCAGCAAAGAUGGCAUAGUGAUUGAUCGUUACGGCACGCUGGUUACACCCCUGUCCAUCGAGAAAGACAUCAAAAAAGCUCUCGAAGAGGCUUGA